AAGGCUUCCGGUUGCAAAACGAAAAUAGAAACUGAAAAUAAAAGAAUUUUUUAAGUUCGGUUAACAAAGCUAUGACAGUUAUUCCGGAGAAAAAAUGUAGCCCCUGUCAGUUUGGACCACAUAAUGUUUAUGUGUUGAUACUAUUCAGCUUUGUAAUUUUCAAAGGUCUGGAUUCUGUGUCGUUUUAUGCAAGCUGUCCUACUUUCAUUUUCCCGAGUAAUUGGUUUCUGGAGUUGAACAGGCGUUUAAAGAUGUCAACUGACCAGGAUUCAUCUAUCCACAGUAAACACAUUGCAGAAGUACACAAUGUACCAAUAUCAGUUUUGAUUCGACCGUUUGCAUCUGUUCUAGAUAAUGUGAAAGUGGAAUCUCUGAUGAAAACCAUACAGAAUGAGGGUGAAUCGGACAACGUUCCACCGAUCGAUGUUUUGUGGGUCAAGGGGAGAGAAGGAGGGGACUAUUUUUACUCCUUCGGGGGCUGUCAUCGAUACGAAGCAUAUAAACGUUUAAACAGAGAAACAAUUCCGUGCAAACUGUUUAGAUCCACCACUGGUGAUUUACGAACGUAUUUAGGAAGUUCAACGCCGGAUCUGUUAUAGUAAAUUACCUGUUAUUAAAAGUGCUUGAAUGUAAA